AAAAAAUGCCGCCACCUUUGUAUUAUUUGGGGUGGAUCCAAACAGCUCACGAUGGAUUCAAUAGUAGGAUGCAUUAUCCUUCACCCGGCUUAGUGUGAUCUUUCUACCAUCGAACCCAAUCUCAAAACCCUGCGAUUGCUCCCUUUCUUCCUACCCCACACUUACAGACACCUCCUGCAUGAUGAAGCAACAAAAAACUCAACAAGAUGACCGGGUAUUUGUAAACAUUUCGCGACCCGAUGAAAUCAAGUCCGCCUCCACCCAGCGCACCAUCCGACGUACGGUCAUGCGGGACAUCGGGAGAUCGCGUCGGACACAGCGAAAGCCACGAACCUGGGCCUUGUCUGUGAGACCGCCCGUCAAUUCAAGCACAACGGCCAUCGAUACUCUCCCUUCAUUGACGAAUACGAGCAUUCCGGCUUCCAUUGACCCAUGCAAUACCGCUUACUACCCCGUUCCUCUCGACGACCGAGGGCUACAGCUGAUGCACUUCAUGACAAGCGACAAGGACUAUGUUUUCCGACCGUUUCGCUCCGUCUGGUUCUCCAUGGCGUUGACCGAUCCCAGCGCCAUCUUCGUGGCCUUGGCGAACGCUGCCAUGUUUUUUGACCAAAGAGUCCGCGCGCAGGAGUUCAAGUAUGAGAAAAGCUCCGAGUGCCUAGCGUACUACGGAAGAUGUGUGCAGCAAGUAAGGGCCCGGUUGGGAAGCGUCAAGGAAAGUCUCAGCGAAGGUGUUAUUACCGCUAUUCUGGGAUUGAUCUGUCAUGAUCUUUAUGUUGGAAUGGGCGACCGAUGGAAUACUCAUUUCACCGGCCUUGAGCGUAUCAUUCGAUGCAGAGGAGGGUACCAUGGUCUCGCUCCUAAUGUGGCCUUGUUUGCCUUUUGGCUCGAUGUUGUUGGGAGUGUGGCGGAGGAUGCUCAUCCUCGAAUGCCAAAGCCAUCAGGGCUCGCAGCAUACCUGGAUGCGGUCCCUCCGGAUGUUAUAGCGCCCUCGGUAAGAGGCCUGCUCGAUGAUUUGUCUAUCAGAGACGGAGCUUUUUGUGAUGUGGCGAUCGCCUUCAACUACGUGGCAUCCGUCGCUAUCACCGUUGAUAGAAUACAACGUCACCCCGAGCCAUCCUGGCAGCGUGAAGACAGCCUUACCAUAAUCAAAUUGUUCGGACCUGCAACACACUUCCUUCUGUCCAUGUCGAGGCCUAUGGAUCUUGAUUCCAGCCCGCAAGAAACUAAAUUUCUUAGAGAAGCCAUACGGUUGGCUCUCCUGUUGCUCCUUGCAGCUUUGAAGAAAGACGUCUUUCGGUUCACUUCAAGCGAAUGGCCACACCUGCAGCGUAAAUUCACAGCUUUUGUUGCCUUCCUACCCGUGACCAAGUAUGAUGCUCUAUGCUUGAAGCUAUACUUGUGGGCGCUGGUGACUGUCUCAUUAAUUGCAGACCCGAACCCAAAUAAUUUGUAUACAGCGGAAAUCAGGUCCGCAAUCAGUUCUCUAGGCAUUGAUGUCAAUGACGCUUUGAAAUUAGUUAAGAGCAUUCUUUGGGUUGACGCGUUGCACAUUCAGACCGACCGGUUGAUUUCACAACUUACCCCAGCCAACAUGUAAUUAGAAUGAGUACACAAACAAGCUGAUCUGAAGCCACCCUCAACCACCCACUAUUCCGCCACUGACUGAGAUUACUUGCCCCGAUAUCCAUCGACUUUUCUCGGAGCACAACAGAAGCACCGCAUCCGCGACAUCCUCCACAGUGCCUACCCUCUCUUCUACCCGGGUCAUGGGUACCAUAGUCUUGUGAAUCUUCUCUGCCACAUG